UGGUUUAGAUGGCUUCCACUCUCUUCGGAAGAUGCGUGGACGGUCGAGCGGAUCUUGCUCGUCGAUGAGUCGUACGGUCAUGGCUUGUCGUAUAUGGAUAGAGACGUCGAGACCAACACAGACCAAAUUAUGAUGAACUUAGUGACGAGUGCUGAUGGUAGAGGUAAUUGGUAUGCGGGGUAUAGGUCGUAGUUGCGAUGUGAGCCGGUGGUGGGAUCGGAUAGUAUGUUUCCAACUUUCCUUCUGUCUGGUUCGUGAGAUAGGCCACAACGAGAAGCAAGGUAGAUUAAAACGUCUAGAGAGUAUCGGGAUUCAAACAGGUGUAGUGGGUCAUGCUACAGCAUGUCUUAGAUGCG